AAGCAUUUCCUAUACUCUAUCGCACGCGAACAUCGUCAAUGUAAAAAAUAUCAUCCUACUUUCCUUGUAACGUUACUUGUGAUCGCUUCAGUGUACGAAUGAAUUUCACUACGAUUCACCGACAACAAAACUGACCACGCGCCGGCAUUAUUACAGCUGCCAUGGCUUAUGAAACGUCCUCUUUCACCUGGGAGGAGUUCAAUUCAGGAAGCGGUAUCGAGGUGGCAGAUCCAGACGACAUCGAUGUAGACGAGUUUGCACGCUCUGAGUACGACUUGGAAACUGCGAGCACAUUCGGCAGUAUCACGUCCAGUGUCCUUCGCCAUUCGUUUGAGAACGGGCGUCGCUACCACAAGUUCCGACAUGGAACGUAUCCAAUACCCAAUGAUGAUGCCGAACAGUCUCGCGACGAAAUGAAACAUGUUGCCACGCUAGAGCUGACCAAUGGGAAUUUGUUCUUUGCGCCCAUAGGCGACAACCCACAGCGAAUUAUCGAUUUGGGGACAGGGACUGGAUCCUGGGCUAUAGCAAUGGCUGACAAAUUCCCAAGCGCCCAGGUGGUAGGCACAGAUCUAAGUCCUAUCCAGACGCCAUGGACUCCGCCAAAUCUUAGGUUCGUCGUGGACGACAUAGAAGACCCAUGGCUCCAUGGAGAUCACUUCGACCUUGUACACAUGAGGCAUACCAGUACUUUUAUUCGAGACAUUGAUUCUGUUCUGGACAGGUGUCUUGCACACUUGAGGCCAGGGGGUUGGAUAGAGCUGCAAGAGUUCGGCGGGUAUGCAAAAUGUGACGACGGGAGUAUGGGUCCGGAUUCACCUUUUGCUCGUUUCAUGGCGAUGGCGGGUGAUGCGCUGGCCACGUACGGAUUUCAGUGGCGGGUGGCCAACUGUCUUGACGAAAUCCUGAGCAGGCGCGGGUUCGUGAAUAUCAAUUGCAAAAAAUUCAAGGCGCCGUUGGGAAAGUGGCCCAAGAAUAAGAAGUUGCGCAUGGUCGGCGGCAUGUAUAUGAUACAGACAGCGUGCGAUCUUAUGGAUGCAAUGGCGGCAAAACCUUUGAAAACGGUCAUGAGCGAGGAUGAGGUUGCAAAACUUACCACUGCAGCUAAAGCAGAAUUAGGUUGCGGGAAGUCACAUAUAUAUGUCGACUACUUCUUCUGGUACGCUCAGAAACCGAGUUGAGAAAAUGGUGUUCAAAGGGGCAGCGAAUGGUUGAUGACCGGCAACGCGAGCCUGUGUACUCUAUACCGUACUUUCUAUAUCAUACAUUGAUUUCUGAGUAUAUGAUAGUGCGGACAUCGUACGGACGGAACGAUCUGCGUUUCGAAAUGUCAGGUAGCUUACAUACAAAAGGUGCCAAAAGCAAAAAACUAGUCUAGCCCUGGGGGAGGAUGAAAGCUCUACUUGUUCGCCGAAACACACCAGGCGCAACUCAUCGAUCUGAGUCCCUCGACUAUCCAGGCCAGGAGAGAGAGAAUUGCAAAGGGGAGUCCGACGGACUGUGUACUUGGUGGAACUUCUAUAUAGGACGCAUGAAUUUGAGAUGGUAUGAUUUGAUUAAUAGCUGUUGCGCAUGUCUUAUUCUAACUUGGUGGGCAACCCCAUGCGUGCAGGCGUAGAGCCCAAAU